ACUGGCACCACUGGGACCCCCAGAACCUCCAGGACCACCGGGACCCCUAGAACCUCCAGGACCACUGGGACCACCAAGACCCCCAGAACCUCCAGGACCACUGAGACCUCUAGGUCUGCUGGGACCACUGGGACCACUAGGACCACCAGGACUGCCAGGACCUCCAGGACGACGGAGCCAGAGCACGGCCUCCUCCUCACAUCCUGCCACCAUGGAAAUUCCUCCCAAGAGCCCUGAUGAGAGUGAGAAGUCUCCUCAGUCCAAGGACCUGCUGAGCAGCAGCAACACAGCCAGCACCCUCUGCAUCAGCUCCCGCAGCGAGUCCGUCUGGACCAGCACAUCCAGAAGCAAGUGGGAGAUCUACCGCAAGCCCCUGGUGGUCAUGGCUGUGGGAGCAGGCAUCUUCCUGGUGGGGAUAGUCAUCACCAGCCUGCCCUGCUUCCUAGACAGCAACAAAGGCGUUUACAAAAUGUGUGGCCCAGCUUUCCUGUCCUUGGGACUGAUGCUCCUCGUGUGCGGCCUGGUCUGGGUCCCCAUCAUCCGGAAGAAGCAGAAGCAGAGGCAGAAGUCCCAGUUUCUGACAAGCCUCAAGUCCUUCUUCUUUAAUCGCUGAGGGCAGCCCAGGGCCUGCCCACCAAGGCUCCUCUCCCCUCCGCCCACCUCUGCUGGUUAGUCAUAAACAGACAUGUUCUCCUACUCUCCUGAGGGAUUUCAUCCCAGUAAGGCUCCUUCCUCCAGGUGAGACACACUGCACUGGUCUCCAGUGUGAAAAUGAACUUUGUGUUUCAGCCACAUCAUCCCAGAAGAAAAGGGAACAGGAUUUUGCAGCUGAGCCCAACAAGGCUCAUCCAAGCUCACCCAACACCGAGGGGUGGGAAAAGCAAAGCUCUCAAGUAGCCUGGCUCCACAGAGGACCUUCUGCAAGAUGUGUCAGCAGGGAGGAGGAGCCGUCCAGCUUCAGAGUGUGAGUAACGCCAGGAGGGACCAUCACUGCCUGCAAACUGCAGCUCACGUGUAGAAACUGGGAAGCCAGAGGUGGCUCAUCCGGAGUCAGCUGAGAGGAGAAGCAGGACAAUGUAGUUCCAGACCACUUGGUGUCGGAGGCGACCACCAGACCAGGCAACACACCUCACCAAGGCUGAGGAGGACCAGAUGUCACACCCAUGGUCAGGACUUUCCUGUCAUUGACCUGUUAGGGCAGCUGGCUGAGACAUGGCUGCAAAACAGAGCUCACUCCUUGCCCAGGUGGAGCAUUCACAACCUUCAUGUCUUGCUCCAAAGGCUCCAGACAAGCUGCAGCUUCACAUUUUAUUUAUUUCUGCCCCCCCGCCUGGCAGAAGAUGUUUAGGAAAAACUUUUCCUUCAGGCCUGCAGAGGCCAAGUUGUUUGGCAGCAUCUCUGCAUUGGCACUGGUGUCUGCCACAGACACCCAUGAACCCCAACCUAUUUGUGCAACCAGAACUGGAGCACAGGGAAGUGAGACACAUCAUCUCCACCAACCUUGUGUUUCUGCUUUGAACAGACAUGUGCUGUGAGGCAGUUCCCUGAGGAAGACAUGGAUCCUUUCUGCAUGGUCUAUAAUUUUGUAUUCUCACCAGGCCUGGCUUACUGUAAAAAGACAAAUUUGAAAUGCAAAUUCUCAGUCUGAAGAAUUGGUUUCAGCAUGGACAGCAGGAUCUGGGUUGGUAUAAAUAGGGCCAUGAUGUCUAGCUCUUAAUUUGGGGUUCAGGGAGAGGUGAGAGUCUGAUUUUUCAGAAGUGCUGCUCCAGGAUCCCCUUCAUUAGCCCAGUGAGACUCCCCAGCAGAGCCAGCACGGGCUCAGAGGCCCUGACACCCACCAUGGCGUGAGGGUGUGGUUGGUGCUGAGCAGAAGCAGAAGAGGAACACAGAAGAGGAGACCCCCACCAAGCUCCUCUCCACAGUCAGGAAGCUGAGGCAGCCCUGCUGCUCCCCAAGUGCCAUGGGAGGGGGAGAGGCUGGGGUGGAGGGUGUGCAUGGGGAGAAUUUGCAACAAACUCUUUGGUUUCAAGCAGGCAGGGGAUGACAACCUCCAUCAGAUCCUGAGGAGAGGAAGCUCAUGUAAGCCCUCAGGUUUCCCUGACCCCGUAUCCCACGUCUACCAACAGCUCCCAAGGAAGGCUGGAGAAAAGUGCAAGACCUUCUCCUGCUUUAUGUCCACCUGCCAGUUCACAGCAGCCAGAGGUUGCUCCAGACCAUUGCUUAAUGGUCCCUGAUACAGCCAACGUGCCCAAGUCCUCCUGAUCUGCCCACUGCUUCAAAUCUGUUUGCAUUUCCAGGCUCUGCAGCAGCCUGGAGCCACAACCCCUUCGAGCCCUUUAAUUUCCUGGCCAUGAUGGAUGCUCUGCAUGGCAUCAGGAGACAUGGCCAGAGCAGAGGGUAACAGAUCCUGCUGCUCAGGGAAAAGCAGAGGGGAUCAGAUCCUGCUGCUGGGGCCAGCAGGUGCCCAACAGGCCAGUUAACUUGGUUUGUUCCCUGUAAUCCAGGAUCAUGAAGCCAUAGCUGUGAGAAUCAUGCUCUGGGCCAUGAGUUCAUUCCCUGUAGGGAAAUAUUUAACCUCCUCCUGGCCAUCAGCUCCCUCACAGCUGAAAUAGGUGCCACCUCAGCGUUUCCACCUGCAAGUCUGGUCCAAGGUGCCCAAAGGCCAAAGUGGCAGCACCGUGCUGACUGGGCUAACCAGGGAGCUGGGGCUCCCUUGGCACUGCUGCCAGGCUCCCACCAGGAUGUGACCCAGGCUGACCCAGCCCAUGCACCUGGAGAUCCCAUCCAGAAGUGCUGGGAGAGCUGAGGGAGGCAGGUCCCAUCCUGGCAGCUGGCACAGCUGGAUUGCAAGUAUUCAAGCAACUCAGGUCCCUUUGCCCCAGGCUCAUCCUGGCUCUGCCUUUUGUUCCCUGUGUGGAGCAGGUGUCUGUGCCCCUGGCCAGGCUCAUGAACGGGCUUUACAAGGUGUGUGAUCUGGCACUGGUCCCAGUAAACCUCCCUUUGUUCCUCAGCCAUUCAUCAUGUCAUGCCAGGCUUUGCUUGUGUUUGCAGCCCUGGCUUGGCACUGGUGUCAAGGGAUGGAGCUGCAAGAGGCUGAGGGUGCUCCCCAGAGCUCCUGCUGGGGGGAAGCUGCAGUCAGAUGAGCAAACACGUGUCAGGGAUCCUGAGGAAGAAAUCGUGGAGUCAUGUCAAGGGCAUCACCAGGUCCUGGUUGGCUCCAACCUGAAGAUCAGGCCACAGACAGGCACCCAAAUGCUGCACAGCCUGGAGAAGGCACCUGGAAAUGGUCACUGCUGGAAACAGCCUGGCCAAGGACUAGAGGUACCAAAUGGCCUGGAGAGAGGGAGCAGGGGUCCUGCUUUCCAUGUCUCACCACCAAGGGUAAGGAGAUGGUCAAUGAAAUGUUACUAUUACAAGAAGUCACUGAGACAAAGAAUCUAAUGGGAUUCCAGACUGGUCAUUGAUAACAAGAAUAUUAGGCUUCAUUAAAGCAAAAAAUUCCAAA